AUGGCUAAGAUGGGCGAGGAAGAGGUUGACUAUGAGAGCGAUCUAGAGGAGGAGAAGCAUCCCCUGGGAUUGCGGAGGCGCGAGGCUGCCAGUGAUGACGAGGAAGUUAAUGGCGAAUUGGAGUUGAAACGUCUUGGACUGGAUCGGAGGGCGCCCAUUCAUUCCGCUGAUGAAUCUGAUGAUCAAGGUGGGGCUGCGGAUUAUGAUGAUGAAGAGGAAGAAGAGGAGCCAUUAGAUGGAGGGGAAGAAGAAGAUUAUGAAGAGGACGGUUAUGUGGUUGGGAGUGAGGGGGACAAUGUGGAGGAGGUUGAAGGUUUUCUGGGCCAGAAAGUCCAAAACAUAAUUUCGGUAAGAGGAGAAGAUGGUGAAGGUAAGGGUGAUGAAAGAGAUAUGGAGGGUGAGAAUUUUGAAGAAGGGAUCGACGAGAGGGAGGGUGAGGAUAAUGUUGGCGAGGAGGGGGAUGAGGAGGGGAAGAAAGAGAAUGAACCUUUCGCUGUGCCAACUGCUGGGGCUUUUUACAUGCACGAUGAUCGGUUUAGGGAAAGUUCUGGUCGUCAAAACAGGCGAACAUAUGGUGGGAGGAAGCUGUGGGAGUCCACAGAUGAGAAAAAGUGGGGGCAUGACAAAUUUGAAGAGAUGACUUCGCUAGAAAGACAUCAUGACCAGGGUAGAAGAAACUCUAGAGGUAGUUAUCGUGGGCGUGGUGGUAAAAAUCGUGGUCCAGAACAAGGCUAUGGAAGAAGGAGCAGCUCUGUUGCAUUGAGCAAUGGGGACAAUCAGAGCCAGGGACCUAAAAGUGUCAGGGGAAGAGGUCCCAGAAAGUAUGAACCUAACUGGAAACACAGUAGCCCUACAUCUUCGUUGCAAAAUAAGCACCCUGUAGAGAAGACUUCAUAUGGUGGUUCGGGAAGAGCUAUAACAGUUAUGUCAAAUCCUGAAUCAGAGCAAGUGCCUACUGCAAGAAAACAUUCAAGCUUAAAUUCAGCUUCUCCUCCAUUUUAUCCUUCUGUGUCUUCAAGUAAAGAUGUUACUGUGACACAGAAAAGUAAUAUGCAGUCUGGAAGUGUAAGUCGGAACAAUGUGCAGCCGACUGGUACCUUAGCACGUGGGAAAAAUGUCUCUGAUACUGUUGGCAUCGACAAACUUUGUAUUGAUGACCGUGCUCCAUUGACUACUGGGAAGGCAUUGAAUAAUGUUCCAAUGCCACACGUUUCUUCUUCUUCAGUGGUCAACAACUCCUCACUAAGGUCUCAAACCAGGGCCCAGGAAAGAGCUGUACCUGGUUCUGGACAGGUGGGUUAUCAACCAAUUGCCUCUCACAACCAAGUCUGCAGAACCUUUCCAGUAGUUCAACAUCAUGCAGUUCAAACAGGUGUUUCCCAAGGCCGGAUUCAGUCCUCUGCUCAAGCACUUAGUCAGCAGUCAUCAAAGCCUUCUGGUGGAAGAUCUCGAGCUUCUUCUCCACCGAAUUCUGCGGUGUCAGAAAAUUCUUAUGAACAUGGUGAAGUUGAAAGUAAUUCAGAGUCUAGUAAAUCUAGGACUGCAUUGGUUGGGAAGGGGAAAGGUCCGCUCCUGUAUGGAGGUGCUCAAGUUGUGGCUACCUCUGGCGGUAUGGGUGUUGUUCCUGGUGAUCAGAACUUCCCUGCAAGACCUGCUUUCUUUCCUGUGAUGCAAAUUGGAGGCCAGCAUCCUGGUGGAAUGGGUGUUCCUGCUCUUGGCAUGGCUUUUCCUGGAUAUGUUGCUCAGCAUCAACAUGGUUCUGGGAAUUCAGAAAUGGCAUGGUUGCCAAUUUUGACUGGUGCUGCAGGAGCUUUAGGUGCCGCAUACUGUAAUCCCUAUCUUACAGUUGAUGGUUCUUCUUAUCAUGCACUCCCAGCCGGGCAGGCAUCCUCCAUGAGUUCUUCAAGCAAAGAAACCAACACAAGCAGAUCAAACAAUGACUUGAAACCUUCAAAAAGACCUGAGGCUGUGGGCGAUGAAUAUGGGCAACGACAGAAGCCUCGCAGAUACUCAGAAAUGGAUUUUAAGCAGCCAAGUACAAGUACCUAG